AUGAAGUUUUCCGCCAUCGCAACGUUCUUGCUCGGACACUGCAUCUGCAGUUCCCAAGGUCAGACGGAAACAGCCCCGACGGUGACGACGCCUUUGGGAACCAUCGAGGGCUUCUACAACACCACGCAAAAUGGUCGGCUUUACGAGGCUUACCAAGGCAUCCCUUACGCCGAGCCGCCAAUAGGGGAUCUGAGAUUCGAGGUCCCGAGACCAAUCUCUCCGUGGUGCAACGUACUCCAAGCCAAGAAUUAUAGUUCACGUUGCACGCAGCCUACUGCGGCAAAUACGCCAGGUUCCACAUCCGUUACCGGGUCCGAAGACUGCCUCUACCUCAACGUUUACACCCCCCUCAGGGAAAGCAACGAAUCGACAGCAGCUUUGUUUCCCGUAAUUUUCUUCAUUCACGGGGGUGCAUUUAAAACUGGAGGUGGAAUGGAUUAUAAACCCACCUACUUGCUCGACUUCGACGUGGUCUUCAUCACGAUGAACUACAGACUGGGAACACUCGGUUUCCUGAGCACGGAGGACGAAAUCAUACCCGGGAACAUGGGGCUCAAGGAUCAAGUAAUGGCGUUGCGCUGGGUUCAGAAAAACAUCGAAUCCUUCGGCGGGGACCCCGACAGAGUUAUGAUUGUCGGGCACAGCGCAGGGGGUGCAAGCGUGCAUUUUCACUAUAUGACGGAUCUCACGUCAGGCUUGUUUAACAGUGGAAUGUCCAUAAGUGGAACCGCCCUCGACUGCUGGUGCCAGACUGAAGCAUCCCUUGAAAAGGCCAGGAAAGUUGCAUCGAUAGUGGGCUGUCCGACUAGCGAAGUUCGAAGCAUGGUGGACUGUUUGAAAACUCAACCUGCGGAUCAGAUUGCUGUGACCCUUACCCAAUUCGAGACCUUUGUGAGCAGUCCCUACUCUCCGUUUGGCCCGGUGGUCGAAAUGGGCGAUGGCGAAUUCACGAUGAUCGAUCGUCCACCGAUUGAAUCAAUCACUUCCGGGAACGUACAUGAUUUACCAUGGAUCACGAGCGUGGUUAGCGAGGAAGGUCUCGUUCCGGCGGCAGCAUUCAUAAAUAACGACACGCUUCUGCAAACGUUGAACGACAACUGGACUUCCAUCGCGCCCGAAUUGCUGGAGUUUAAUUACACCAUUCCGCAGGCUGAUCAUGCCGAUGUUUCCGAAUUGAUAAGGCGACAUUACAUAGGAUAUUCGGACCAGAUUAACAAAACAACGAUCCCGCAGCUCGUCACGAUGAUUGGCGACCGAUUGUACAACUACGACGCUGAGAUUGCCGCGACGACGCAAGCAGAAGUUGUGUCAAAAGGCGUAUGGUUUUACUACUUUACCUACAGAGGAAACCACAGUUUCAGCGAGUAUUACAGCGGCGGGAGCACCGUGAAUUAUGGGGUGAGUCACCUGGACGAUCUCGCUUACGUAUUGGAUUGUUUUUUCAACACAACAACGACGGCCGAGGAUCGGGAGAUGCAAAAAGUUAUGAUCAAUAUGUGGGUGUCUUUCGCGGAGAGCGGCAAACCUGAUCUGGGUGUCGAUUGGGAGGAGUUGAGCAAAAGUGGCGACGAAUUCAGUUACAUGAAAAUAGCAGGACCGGAGGACCUUUACAUGGAAAACAACGAAAACUUCGGGCAAAAGAAAUUCUGGCUCUCUAUCGGUUUUGAUGAAAAUACUUUAGAAUACCCAGACUACUCCUAG